GACUAGAAAUCACAAGUCAGGCUUCUAUUCGAUAGCAUCGCACCAUCAGUUUCAGAGUGUGUAGCAUGGUGUGUACGUCGAUAAUGGUGUUAUAUUGCUAUGUUUUUCUUAUUCAGAUUUUUAAUGGAAUUGUAUGCGUUUCGUUUGUGAUCUAGAAACUUGUCCAUACAGCAUCGUAUUAAUUUUUGAGAUUUAAAGCGUAAAUAAAUUAACCUGUACCGGCAUAACGGUUAGUUUUGCAAGUUUCAAUUUUACGGGUUUACUUUGCUAUGUGAUUGAGUUCAAUGUAAAUACUAAAAUUAGUAAUACAAGGAAAAAAAUCAGAAACGCAUAAAAACUGAUUGUUGACCUUGAGCGUUUAACCAGUAAACCCCGCCCCUAUAUGGCGCUAUGAAAUUCUUCCAGCUCCCCUUCCUUACCCUCUGCAACAGCUCUCGCCAACAUCAACGUUUGAAAAGACGGAAUUGACCCUUUUCGUCACAGCAAAGAUUUCUUCCCCAGAGUUAGCCGCAUGUUAUUAAUGUGCAGUGUCGAAAGCGAGCAUAAAAUUAACUGGAAGUGAUAUCUAUAUUCGAUUAGUAGUUUACUGAAACUGUGAAACAUUAUGAAUCGACUAACCUGUCCGUUUGAUCCAGCACACGUUGUUGAAGGCAGAAAAUUCCAAGCUCAUCUUAUCAAAUGCAAGCGAAAUCUUCCUGCCAACCAUGAUUUUGUUCAGUGUGAUUUCUGGCAUUUGCACUACGUACGAAAGAAUCAACUUGAUUCGCAUCUCGCCAACUGCGAACAUAGACUUGAAAAGGAGGCUUUUAAGAUAACAUGGAAAUCCGAAACCCCGAAAUUUUUCCAGCCAAAAUUGUUACCGGUUGAAGACCGUGGGCCCAGUGAAAUAAAAGAUCAGGAAUCCUGGGAAAGCACGUCAGGGCCUGCCUUCAAGCCUGAAAAAAUGAUCGCUGGGGCCAUUCACAUGACUAUUCCGCAAGGAUUAUCGAAGUCGAAACGUAAAGAAUUUCGUGAACAAGAACUUGAACGACUUCGUCAGCGUAGAGAAAGAGAGGGCGAUGUCACGGCUAAAACAAAGGAAAACGAAAGUGGAACUGUCAGCCAUUUUGUUCAGCAAACAAGAAAACCAGAGGCUCCAUUGAAACUGCAUCGCAUCGUGGCAAAAUUCCCAGUACCGAUAGACAAUGCUGAAAAUUUACCAUAUCAGUCCAUAAACACACAUGUAUUUGCGUCUGAGCGCCAAGGACCUGAUGAUGUUGCACGCGGCUGGACUAGUGGAAGAGGCAGGGGUAUUCUAGGACCCACAGCACCUGGUUGGAGCCAUUUAGAAUGAAAAUAAAAGGUCUAAUUAAAAUUAUGAAUCAAGUUUCUUCUACAAUCCAGACCAAUUGAGAUAAAUCUUGUAAAAGUAAUGCUUUAAAUCAGGAUAAGUUUUAUGGCCAAGAUUAAGUUUUAUUUGUAUACUGCCUUUCAGCUGACACUUGUAACGGAUUGAUUUUAUCUUGUCCGCAAUACAGUAAUUCAUCACAGUC